UCGGCUAAUCGGCGCGGCAGAGCCAUUCGAAGUUAUUUCACAGCAUGUUUGCGACAUACAAGAGAAUCAUUUGCAAGACGGAAAAGGGAAUGAAAGGACGGAAACGGGCGCUGUGAUACUGCUGAUAGGCAAGCUCGUAUUCAGGAUGAAGCUGUCGCUAUCUGUCGAAGAGACUAACCGCUUGAGGACAAAAGUAGGGUUGAAACUGAUUCCGGUAGAUGAAAAGCCACAGUCUCAAGAAAAUAAUGAUGCUGAAAUUGUGCGAAUAAGCGUCGAAGAAACAAAUAGAUUGAGAAAUCAACUGGGAUUAAGGCCAAUACCAACAGGUAAAACCGAGGAUGUAGAAGUGGAGAAUUUUGCUAAACUUGAACGACAACGGCGAAAAGCGCAAGAAGUUGAUAAGGUCAGAGCGGAUCUGACUGAAAGGAAAAACGAAUUGAUGGUGAGGCAAAGGAUGCAGAAGGGAGGCAUUCUAAAUCGAAUAGACAAGGUAACACCGGCUGGGAAGUCCGCGGUUCUUGAUUUUGAUUCUUGGCUCGAGGAAGUCGGGAAAGAGAUCAAAAAUGAGAAAGUAAAGAAGUUGAGCUUCAAAAAGAAAGAAAAGCCUGUAAAGAAGAACCUUGACAAAGAUGAGAAGGAGGGAAUCGUCAUUUCUCAUGACAAGACCACAUUUACAGAAAAAGCUGGAAGCGAGAACGGAGUAGUCUUGACGCUGAAGGAUAUCAAUGUAUUAGAUGAUCAAGAGGACUACGAAAGUUUUGAGAACGUGCAGCUGAAACGAGAAGAAAUCUUGAAAAGGGCAUUUAGUGAAAAGAAAGGAGCCGGAAAGCUAGUGUCGCUUGACGGCGACACUGAUGGCAGUUCCAGUAGCUUUUCAUUGGCAGACCUUGAGUCCGGGAAGGCAGAGGAGCCUGAUUCGAAGAAGAGGAAGCUGGUAUCGUUGACAAUAGAGAGUAGUGAUGAUGAAAACAAGGAGCAUCAUUCAGGAAUUUCAUACGACGAAGAUGGGGUUGAAGCGAAGAAGAUCUCUAAAUUCAUGAAAAGAGAUGUUUCUAAGUUCAAAAGGCCGAAGAAAAAGGCUGCCGUGGGCCAAGAGAGAACCCGAGUUUUCGAGACAGAACUUGUUGAAAAGAGCUUUGACCCUGUUCGCUUGGACAAUGAUGACGAGGACGAGGCGGAAAAUGAGUUAGAGCAAGCUCUCAGUGCAACAAGGCGUAACAUGCUGAAGAACAAAAGACUCUACACCGCGCCAGUAGAAGAUGUCAAACAAGAGGAGAACAGGGAAGUGAUUGAUGAGGGCAUCGAGUUUAUAGACAACUUCAGGGCCCAAGAACCGCUAGAAAAAGAGGACGUGCCUAACUCGUACCAGAGGCUAGACGAUUUCACGAAGGAGGAUUCGCCGGUGGAAAACGCCGCCGGCUCAAGAUACAAGGCAAUUUUAGAGGCUGAGGCGGAAAAGAACUACCACACCUAUGGCGUGUCAAAUGUCUUGAACGCUUUGAAAAGCGGCAAUAGAAGCUCACAGAGCAAGGAGAAAACAGGAGCUGUCGAGAUAGUUUAUACGGAUGACAGCGGGAAGGUUUUGAACACAAAGGAAGCGUUCAAAUACCUUUCGCACAAGUUCCAUGGGUCUCAGAAGAGGUAGCAUCAAAAAUUCCAAGUGCCAAGCACUCAGCCGAUGCAGUAAUUUGUGUUUGUGCACACGGAUAAAUGGUGAAGACUUAGCACCUGGCGACGCAGGAGCAGAAAUGUGGUUUGCGGUUCACUAAGACUGGUUCUUUUUAUCUUUACACACAGUAUUGUGACAAUACAAAAUGACAAUAGUCUAUCUAUGACGGAAUUAUAAAUCUGUACGUAUUCC